CUGACUGAGCCACCCAAGCGCCCCUCUGUACUCUUGAUUUCAGUUUUGGUUGAAUUCUUUGACUUGGUUUUCAAGAGAAUUAGUUCAGCACACUCAAAUCACAAAGUAAAAUUAUGUCAUCAGAGAUUUGAGCAUAUCAUUUAGUUUAGGAAGGCCAGAAAUGCACAUUUUUUUUGUCUGGAGGGUUCUUCAAGUCUGACUUUAAUUCUCAUGUUACAAAGUAAGUUAGGCAGAAUCCCUGAGUACAGUGGAAUUCCCUCUGCUGUUAUAAGGAAACUGAGUUUACCAUUAAUCAGAUCAAGGCUGGAAGGAGGCAACACCAGCCCUGGAGGAAGGAAAAGGGUGAGGGUUGCAGGCUCCCUGUGAUUAUGGCUGGGCCUGUUGUUGUCAUGGAGCUUUCUAGACUGUCUCCUACGCUGAGAUGUAAACACCAACAGUGUUGGUGGCUGUGACUGCAAGUCUGUUUCUCCUUCACUGUGAAAGAACUGUGCAUAAUUCUGAUCUGUCUCAUGUGUGCAGGACCUAAUGAAGUCUUGGGGUGAAAUCACUGUAAAAUAUUUCCCAGCUUCUCUAUUUGAAACAGUUGCUAGGAAAAGAAUUGCUCUAGGAGGCUGGCAGUAAAACAAAGCAUAGAAAUCCGGCUUUGGAAUUACCUUGAUACUUGGCAAUAGGGUAACUUUGAAGUCUGGUUUUUUCUGGGUUUGUAACAGAGCCUUUAGUGAAAAGCAAAGAAGCCCUUUUCUUAGAUUGAUUUUAAAAUGUGUCUGUUUGUGACCACGAGCCCCGGGGCCUUCCCGGAGCUUGACAAUGUGCUGAUGGUUGUGCAGCUUGGAUGGAGGGCGCUCCGAGUCCCGCAGCUGCGCACUGGCUAGGUUCUGGCUCCACCAGAAGCAAGCUUUGUUCCGUGGGGCUCUGCUGUCCGCACACAGAGCGGCCUUUGAUGGGCUGCCUUUGACGUGAUUUGUUUACGGCAGCCAGAAAUGCUUCCCGCAUAAUGAGAGCAGUUAAUCAUGGAAACUGGGCUAUUCCUGUUUGUGCACUUGCAGCAGUGUCUGUUGUAAACAUUAAAAGGUAACGACAAAAGGAUGAAGACCUUUUUAAAAGGCACAAAUCAGUUAAUCCGUCAGAUCAUGUGAUUGCUACUGAUUACAUGGAUAUCUUUAGAGAAGCAGAAAAUGAUUGCUGAACACAUGCCUUGUGUUUUGAUGAUUGCAUUAAAAGUCCCCCAGCGGGAUGGCGUUUAUUGGCUCCCAGAGCUGUUCUUGCAUUAAAUUCCAGGCAGCCGGGACAGGGAGAAGCAUCGUCACCUGUAGGUAACCGCAUGUGUGCAGUUAGGGGAUAAUCUUGAUCCCGCUCCGCCGGGUUCCACCAAAGAGGCCAGGGUUUCCGCAAGACCCCAGACUUUUAUUUUGAAGUGGAGUAGCAGCUGUUGGCGAUCGCGGUGCAGAGCUGCGGCUCGGCCUGGGUCACACAGUGCUCGCUCUGGGUGUCUGCGGCUGCAGGCCGAGCCAGUGGCGCAGGCACCGAGCUGCGUUUGUUUGCUGUGCCGUCCGACCCCUUGGUUCCAAAAGGCUCCCGGGACCCUCCGAAUGGCUAUGGGAGAUGAUAAAAGCUUUGAUGAUGAGGAAUCGGUGGAUGGAAAUAGGCCAUCGGCAGCUGCCUCAGCCUUCAAGGUUCCUGCACCUAAAACAUCCGGAAAUCCUGUCAACAGCGCGAGGAAGCCUGCUUCAGCAGGUGGCCCUAAGGUUGGAGCAGGUGCUUCUAAGGAAGGGGGUGCUGGAGCAGUGGAUGAAGAUGAUUUUAUAAAAGCUUUCACCGAUGUCCCUUCUGUUCAGAUCUAUUCUAGCCGAGAACUUGAAGAAACAUUAAAUAAAAUCAGGGAAAUAUUGUCAGAUGACAAACAUGACUGGGAUCAGCGUGCCAAUGCACUUAAGAAAAUUCGAUCAUUGCUUGUUGCUGGAGCUGCACAAUAUGACUGCUUCUUCCAACAUUUACGCUUGUUGGAUGGAGCGCUUAAACUUUCAGCAAAGGAUCUUAGAUCCCAAGUGGUUAGAGAAGCUUGCAUUACUGUAGCACAUCUUUCAACAGUUUUAGGAAACAAGUUUGAUCAUGGCGCUGAAGCCAUUGUACCUACGCUUUUUAAUCUCGUCCCCAAUAGUGCAAAAGUCAUGGCAACUUCUGGAUGUGCGGCUAUCAGGUUCAUCAUUCGGCAUACUCAUGUACCCAGACUUAUACCUUUAAUCACAAGCAAUUGCACAUCAAAAUCAGUUCCUGUAAGGAGGCGCUCAUUUGAAUUUUUAGAUUUAUUGUUACAAGAGUGGCAGACUCAUUCAUUGGAAAGACAUGCAGCUGUCUUGGUUGAAACUAUUAAGAAGGGGAUUCAUGAUGCUGAUGCUGAAGCCAGAGUGGAGGCAAGAAAGACAUACAUGGGUCUUAGAAACCACUUUCCUGGUGAAGCCGAAACGUUGUAUAAUUCACUUGAGCCAUCUUAUCAGAAGAGUCUUCAGACUUACUUAAAGAGUUCUGGCAGUGUAGCAUCUCUUCCACAAUCAGACAGGUCCUCAUCUAGCUCACAGGAAAGUCUCAAUCGCCCUUUUUCUUCCAAAUGGUCUACAGCAAACCCAUCGACUGUGGCUGGAAGAGUGUCGGCAGGCAGCAGCAAAGCCAGUUGCCUUCCCGGAAGCCUGCAGCGUUCACGAAGCGACAUCGACGUGAAUGCUGCUGCUGGUGCCAAGGCUCACCAUGCUGCCGGGCAGUCUGCGCGAAGCGGGCGGUUGGGUGCAGGGGCCCUGAAUCCGGGUUCCUACGCGUCACUAGGCCGGGUGAGAGCAAAGCUUUCAGCAGCGCCCCUCGCGGGCAUGGGAAAUGCCAAGACAGAUUCUCGAGGAAGAAGUCGAACCAAAAUGGUGUCUCAGUCUCAGCCUGGCAGCCGGUCCGGGUCUCCGGGAAGAGUUCUGAGCACAACAGCCCUCUCCACUGUGAGCUCUGGUGUUCAGAGAGUCUUGGUCAAUUCCGCCUCGGCGCCAAAGAGAAGCAAGAUCCCACGGAGCCAGGGGUGCAGCAGAGAGGCUAGUCCGUCUAGGCUGUCCGUGGCCCGAAGCAGUCGUAUUCCUCGACCAAGUGUGAGUCAAGGGUGCAGCCGGGAAGCCAGUCGGGAGAGCAGCCGGGACACGAGUCCUGUUCGUUCUUUUCAGCCCCUCGGUCCAGGGUAUGGGAUGAGCCAAUCGAGCCGACUGUCGUCUUCUGUCAGUGCCAUGCGAGUCCUGAACACAGGCUCUGACGUGGAGGAGGCCGUAGCAGAUGCCUUGAAAAAGCCUGCUCGAAGAAGAUACGAAUCCUACGGAAUGCAUUCAGAUGAUGACGCCAACAGCGAUGCAUCGAGUGCUUGUUCAGAACGCUCGUAUAGCUCUCGAAAUGGCAGUAUUCCUACCUACAUGAGGCAGACGGAAGAUGUGGCCGAGGUCCUCAAUAGAUGUGCCAGUUCCAACUGGUCAGAAAGGAAAGAAGGCCUCCUUGGGCUACAAAACUUGCUAAAAAAUCAGAGAACGCUAAGUCGAGUUGAACUGAAAAGAUUAUGUGAAAUUUUCACAAGAAUGUUUGCUGAUCCUCACGGCAAGGUAUUCAGCAUGUUCUUGGAGACUCUAGUGGAUUUCAUACAAGUCCACAAAGAUGAUCUUCAAGAUUGGUUGUUUGUACUGCUGACUCAACUCUUAAAAAAAAUGGGUGCUGAUUUGCUGGGGUCUGUUCAGGCAAAAGUUCAGAAAGCCCUUGAUGUUACAAGAGAAUCUUUUCCAAAUGAUCUUCAAUUCAAUAUUCUAAUGAGAUUUACAGUUGAUCAGACCCAAACACCAAGCUUGAAGACACUCAAGCCAGCGCUUCGGGACCAGCUUCACUCUUUUUGGAGCUCCAAGGUGAAGGUUGCUAUCCUUAAAUACAUAGAAACUCUGGCCAAGCAGAUGGAUCCAGGAGAUUUUAUAAAUUCCAGUGAAACUCGCCUGGCAGUGUCGAGGGUCAUCACUUGGACAACAGAACCCAAAAGUUCUGAUGUUCGGAAGGCAGCACAGUCCGUGCUGAUUUCCCUAUUUGAACUCAAUACUCCAGAGUUUACAAUGUUAUUAGGAGCUUUACCAAAAACUUUUCAAGAUGGUGCUACCAAGCUUCUUCAUAAUCACCUUCGAAACACUGGCAAUGGAACCCAGGGUCCCAUGGGGAGUCCUUUGACAAGGCCAACAGCACGUUCACCAGCCAACUGGUCCAGUCCUCUUACUUCUCCUACCAACACAUCACAGAAUACUUUAUCUCCAAGUGCAUUUGAUUAUGACACAGAAAAUAUGAACUCUGAAGAUAUUUAUAGCUCUCUUAGAGGUGUCACUGAAGCAAUUCAGAAUUUCAGCUUCCGUAGUCAAGAAGAUAUGAAUGAGCCGUUGAAAAGAGAUUCUAAAAAAGAUGAUGGUGAUUCUAUGUGUGGCGGUCCCGGGAUGCCUGACCCAAGGGCAGGAGGCGAUGCUACCGACUCAAGCCAAACCUCCCUUGAUAAUAAAGCUUCGUUGCUCCAGUCGAUGCCUGCUCAUUCCUCCCCACGCUCGCGAGACUAUAAUCCAUAUAACUAUUCAGAUAGCAUCAGUCCCUUCAAUAAGUCUGCCCUCAAGGAAGCCAUGUUUGACGACGACGCCGACCAGUUUCCUGACGAUCUUUCCCUAGACCAUUCUGACCUGGUUGCAGAGUUGUUGAAGGAGUUGUCUAACCAUAAUGAACGUGUAGAGGAAAGAAAAAUUGCCCUCUAUGAACUCAUGAAACUGACACAGGAGGAAUCUUUCAGCGUUUGGGAUGAACACUUCAAAACAAUAUUACUUCUGUUGCUUGAAACCCUUGGGGAUAAAGAGCCUACAAUCAGGGCUUUGGCGUUAAAGGUUUUAAGAGAAAUCCUAAGGCAUCAACCAGCCAGAUUUAAAAACUAUGCAGAACUGACGGUCAUGAAAACGCUGGAAGCACAUAAAGACCCUCAUAAGGAGGUGGUGAGAUCUGCUGAGGAAGCCGCAUCGGUGCUGGCCACUUCUAUCAGCCCCGAGCAGUGCAUCAAAGUGCUUUGCCCCAUCAUCCAAACCGCAGAUUACCCAAUCAACCUGGCUGCAAUCAAGAUGCAAACGAAAGUGAUAGAGCGGGUGUCCAAGGACACCCUUAACCUGCUUUUGCCAGAGAUUAUGCCAGGCUUGAUACAGGGUUACGAUAACUCGGAGAGCAGUGUUCGGAAAGCUUGUGUCUUCUGCCUGGUGGCCGUUCACGCGGUAAUUGGUGACGAACUAAAACCACAUCUCAGUCAGCUCACGGGCAGCAAGAUGAAGCUCCUGAAUCUGUACAUCAAACGUGCACAGACAGGUUCUGGAGGAGCUGACCCCGCUGCUGAUGUUUCCGGACAGAGUUAGUGACUCGGACCGAAGCGGGCCAGGCCGCCCCGACCCGGGACGGACAGACCACCCCUCAUCAGUGAAAGGAAAUACGGACCGAAGCGGGCCAGGCCGCCCCGACCCGGGACGGGCAGACCACCCCUCAGCAGCGAGAGGAAGUACUCAAACGCAUCUUUCGGAACUCCCAUCUUUUCCCGGCUUUAGUUCUUUGUUUCGUUUUGUAUUUUCUGUAACAGAGGGCUCUCCUCAGUCUGCAUGUAACUUUUAUGAUAGUUAUUCCAAAUUCAAGAAGAAGCAGUAUUAACAUCAGUGGAUCGAUACAGAGUAAUUUUUAAUCGAAUUCGUCAUUUCACGUUUGUACUUGUCUUCCCAUUAACCUUUGCCAGUGUUAUGAUUGUAUACAUUGUUUUAAAUGCUGGUGAAAGAGGAAUGCUUAAAGCUUUAAAAGUUUAACAGUCUAAAACAUUUUUUUGCCUCUAUUCAAAUGCAGAAUACUAUUUUUAUUGCUACUUGGAGUUUCGUUCUGUAUCACGUCCUAUGCUAGAAAUACUGAAAUGAUGUGAAACGAUGCAGGACUGAUUUGAACCACGGCUGGACUCUGUCGACGUGACGGUGACACGUGUCGUUAGUCGCAACUUCUUUGGGGUGACCCGUAGCGUAAAGCGACGUCCUCAGAGAGUGCCACAGAAUCAGCCAGUUCUGUGAUGCCGAUUCCGCGUGUUGGCUCUCGAUCUUGCCGCCUCACCUAAAACCGUGUCCCCCCUGCGGCCCCUUAAGAAAGCUGCACCAGAUCAUCUGCCUGUUGUUUUCUAGAUGCUUAUUAAAAUAGAAGGUUUUCUUGCAGGGUUUCUGGUUUGUUUUUCGUUGUUGUGAAUGAUGCUUUUUUCGUAUUUAUUAAUAUCAAAUUCACUUAUGAAUAAACUUGAUAAUGGAAAGAGAGAAGAAAAUCCAGUGCAUGUGCGUCUUGACCGUCUUCUGUUUCUCAUUAAAAAACAAACUUAUUAAUCACUGAGACGUGCGAGUCAACCAGCACCUUUUCUUUAAAUGGUGGCACCUGGUUUCCUUUGACCGUGAAAUUGUCUUACUUGAAAACGUUGAUCCUGACGAGAGAGAAGGUGGCACAAGGCUAUUAUCUCUGUAAUGGACUCAAAUUCUCUACCUCUUCAGGGCUGAUCCUUUUAACUGAGCUGCUGCCUACAGUGUCUUUUGGAAAACUACUUCAAGGGUGAUUUUCUGUUACAUUUUAACACAUUGUUUUAAUCACCUUUCGCUACACCUGUUCUUUUCCUGUGCAGCCGACUUGCAAAACUCACCAGUUUGGUGCAAAGCAAAUGAGAUCACUUGGAACCGGGACACUAAUGAUUUCUCAUCUUGACUUUUUUUUUUUUUUUUUAAUCCUAACAUGAAGUGAAUUUGACUGGAAAGGCAAAUAGCAGUUUGCUAUUGUUACGGAGUGAUCUGUACUUUCUUUGUUUAACUGAAAAACAUGUAGAAAUGUAUGUAAAGAGUUUAAGACAAAAGUACUGGAUGGAUGGUUUGUCAUGGGCUCUUCCCUUUGUUUCUGUUCUAGCAGCAGGAAAAUAGUUUCUCUAUAUCCCCCCCCUUUACCUGUAACAAUUUUGUUUUCUACUGUUAAUUACAUUGUGUAUUUAUAGUUCUAUGCUUACUGUUGUGCAUAUACUGGCAAUAAAACUGUACAUAACAUUACUUGAAAAAAUUAA